AAAGUAGCCAGGAAUAUUUGAAUGUUAGACAACCAACCAACCAAACAGUGCAUUAGUGACGCGGCCGGUGGCCGAUCAGUGUCUGUUCAUUCAUGUUAGACAUCCCCAUUUGAGGCACCCCAUGUGCACGCGAAAAGAAGAAAGAAGAAACGCUGUAAGCCUCACGAAAGCACGCAACACAAUCUCGUUUCCGGCCUGCUUCCCGCGCGUAAUCUGUGAGCUAUGGCUCCAGCCACGGCGAGCCCAGCGACGGUGGUGCUGAUCCCGUUCUGCGUCCCCGGCCACCUCACGCCCAUGCUGGAAGUCGGCAAGCGGAUGCUCCGCGUUGGCUUCUGCGGCAACGCCGACGACGGCCGCGGCGCCAUGUCGCCCACCGUGCUCCUCGCGCAGCUGCCGGAGUCCCACCGCGCGCCCGAGAUCGACGAGAUCAUCCGCCGUGAAGCGGCCGGCGCGUCGGAGCACUCCGGCUUCGACGUCCGGUUCCACUGCCUCCCCGCCGAGGAGCUCCCGGACUUCCGCGGCGGCGAGGACUUCAUCUCCCGGUUCAUGCAGCAGCUAUUAUCUUAA